AUGGAUCCUACACUCAAGCUACUCACACUGAUUAACGUCAGCGCUGCCAGGCCAGGCAAGCGUCAGCGUUCAUCCAAUCUCUCCCACUACGACAAGAUCACCCGCAAAGCUGUAGCUGCACAGCAAGCAACUGCAUCCACUUCCAAAGUUGCCGACGAUUCGCCUUCCAAGCGAUCCAAGCCAUCUAAUGGAGCGAUAGCAUCGACGUCAUCACCGGACAAGGUGCAGAAUAGCCACGGACUUGUAGGUGAGGUCUCGGACGACGAGGAUGACGACACGGCACAGCGAUCAUCCAACAAGCAGCAAAAGCAAACGCAGCUUACAGCCUUCGACGCUCAUUUCGGUAGCGAUGGUCCGCACGCACAAGCGAUUGCUAAGCUUCCUGAAUCUGUCACCUCGCUCACUUGGUCUGCCUCGCGCUCCAGCCUACCAGCGCUCCCGACUCAGCUAGUAGUUUCGACGCCAACCCUUCCCGAUUUCGACGCACAGCAGUACUCGGGCCAACCCCAAGUCAAGGUGCUCGAUGCAUUCAAUACUUUUGUCGCCAAAAAGUACACUUCCCCAACACCGCUCCACACAGCACUCGCAACGACGCUUGGCAGCUACGCUGACUUUUGCGAUGCCAAUGUCGCGCUCGGCGACCGACCGCAGUACCGCCAGGUGCUUGCCAUGCAUGCCAUGUCGCAUGUCGCAAAGACGCGCCGUAGGGUGCUCAAGAACAACGAGAAGCUUGCCAAGCUUGCUGCCAGCGGCUCUGCGGCGGACGGCGACGACCUUGAUCUGCGCGAUCAGGGCUUCACUCGACCAAAAGUGCUCGUUCUGCUGCCCUUCCGCAACUCGGCGCUCGAGUGGGUCGAUCUCUUGACCAAGUUCAGCCUGUGCUCGCAAGUCGACAACAAAUCGCGUUUCGCCAAAGAGUACAACCUGCCCGAGGGAGCCGUAGAUAAGCUCGCCGAUCCCGCCGUCGCCGCCAAAUACCCAGAAGACCACAUCGCCAACUUUGCCGGGAACAUCGACGACUCGUUCAAGCUCGGUCUCAAGGUGACGCGCAAGAGUCUCAAGCUCUUUUCGGGCUUCUACGAUUCAGACGUGAUCGUCGCUUCGCCGCUCGGGUUGAGGCUGGGCAUCGAGAAGGAUCAUGGAGACAGCGACUUUCUGUCGAGCAUCGAGAUGGUCAUUGUCGACCAGACCGAUGUGAUCAGUAUGCAAAACUGGGAGCACCUCGAGUUCGUGCUGGAGCGCUUGAACCGCAUCCCGCGCCAGAGCAGGGACACGGACUUCUCGCGCGUCAAGCAGUUCUACCUCGACAACCGUGCGCCGAUGUUCCGCCAGACGGUGCUGCUUUCGGCGUACGACUUCCCGGCACUGCGCUCGUUGUACAACCACACGCUCAACAACGUGGCGGGCAAGAUCCGCACCGUGACGUCUACCGAGGAAAACGAGGCAGAGAUGAGCCGCGUGGUCAGCGGCGUCAGGCACACAUUCACCCGCUUCGAAGCGGCCAACCCGCACUCGGAGCCGGAUCUGCGCUUUGCGCACUUCACCUCCAAGACACUGGCGCAAUUGAGCAAGUCCGCCGUAUCCAGCAGCCAUACGCUCAUCGUUGUGCCGAGCUACUUCGACUUUGUGCGUCUCGACGACUUUCUGCGCAGCGCCAACGAGAAACGCAAAUCCGGCGAGUCCGCCAACCUCUCGUAUACGAGUAUCUCUGAAUACUCGACGCCCAAAGAUAUCCGACGCGCACGCGAAGCCUUCUUCAGCGGAAAGAAGAGGUUCCUGCUGCUGACGGAGCGUGCACAUUUCUACCGCCGCUUCAAGCUGCGUGGCGUCAAGACCGUGGUGUUCUAUCAAGUGCCUCAGAACGCGCGGUUCUUUUCGGAAGUGUUGGAGUUCCCGUUUAUUACCAAGGGCGAGCUGGCGGGCGGUGGCGCGGACGACGAGGAGGAGGUCGAUGCGAACGAGGUUGCUUCGUAUGUCGUGUACAGCAGGUACGACUUGAUUCAGUUGGAGAAGGUGGUGGGUACGAAGCAGGCCAAGGAGAUGGUGGUGGCGGAUAAGGCCACUUGGAAGUUUGUUUGA